UUUUUUUUCUCUGUAAUGAUUCAUUCCGGACACGCCGACCUUUGACACCAAGCUUGUUUGUCGUGCACGCCGCGCCGCGCCGUCACACACCGACGAGAGAGUUUGAGCGGCAGACGACAGACUCACCACCAGGGAAUUGUUGCGAUGACGUCAGCGCGCAGCCCGCUCACCACGCACGUGCUCAACAUCAGCGACGGCGUUCCGGCCUCACGCGUGUCCCUCAGCCUGCAUCGACUGGACUCGCAGCUCAAGCUGUGGAACAUGCUCAACGUCGGGACGACGGACGAAGACGGCCGCUGUCCGGGUCUCAUCAGCCGGGAAGCGUUCGUCCCGGGAAUGUACAAGUUACGUUUCGAAACCGGCUCGUACUGGACCAGCCUGGACCGCGACUCCUUCUAUCCCUACGCCGAGGUGGUGUUCACCGUCACGGAUUCGAUGCAAAGUCUUCACCUGCCGCUGCUCAUGACCCCCUUCUCCUUCAGCACGUACAUGGGAAGCUGAGGGCCGCCGCGCAGGCACACUCAAUCGCUCACACAUGCUUACGGAUGUCGAAUUAUCAUUCUUAUUUUUGCCAUGACAGAUGGAUAUUCAUAAACUUGGAUUUGAAUUCAUCUCAGUUGCAAACACAAAAUGUGUGCCACUGACUGAACUGUAAACAUUGAUGUUGUGGGUACUGUUGCCCCGCCUUCUUUGGCUGGUCAACGGCCUGGCUCGACCCCGGCAGGGACAGGUGACCAUCCCGUUUGGACAACAAGGAGGAGAAAGUUGCACCGUUCAUCCAGUUCACGUGAUGGGGAAACGUUUGUGUUCACGGCUCACGUUUGGACCUUUAGCAGAUGGGCCACAUUCAAUCAUAAAUGAGAUUUAUAAAAAAUGUCAAAUGUCUCAUUUUAUCUUGUAUUUGUGGAUAAUUACUUACUUAGAAAUGAUCAACCGAGAUUGCUUUAUUAAAUGAUUAAAUUUCAGGAAAGAAAGGUGUUGCCAGUUGCCCUUCUUUGUCCACCCCUGCUUUAGCCUUUAACCUCAAAUCUAAUUCUUUUUGUUUUGUUACUGUUUUACUGGAGUAAAGUGAUCAUUGAUAAACGAUACGACUACAAAGUUGUUGAUUUUGUGAUUAUU